AUGUGGCUUCUCAAAACCGUGCUCAACGAGGAUGGAAGCUUCUCGCCUGCCCUCGAGGAAUUCGAGGGCCAGGAAAUCCCUGAGUACGCCAUCUUGUCCCAUACAUGGGAUGAGGAGGAAAUCCUAUUUGCUGAUGUCAUGCGAAACCCCCAGAAUGCAUGUUUCAAGAAAGGCUUCAUGAAGAUCGAAAAAGCGGCUGAAAGGGCAAGGAUUGAUGGCCAUACGUACAUAUGGAUCGAUACUUGCUGCAUCAGCAAAGAGAGUAGCGCAGAGCUCCAAGAGGCGAUCAAUUCCAUGUACAUAUGGUAUGAACGGGCCGUGGUGUGCUAUGCGUACCUUUUUGAUGUUCAUCACUUAACGCUAUAUGAAGAAGAAGAAGAAGGCUUCGAGACGGCUCUGCGGCGAUCCAGAUGGUUCACACGAGGAUGGUGCUUGCAGGAGCUCCUGGCCCCCAGGACUGUUGUCUUCUUCUCUUCGGAGUGGACGAAGAUUGGGACUAAAGCAUCCAUAGCUAAGCUCAUUGCUUCAAUUACAUCAAUCGAUGUCGAUUACCUCACCGGACUUCAGCCAAUCCGCUCGGCAAGCGUGGCGAAGAAGAUGUCAUGGGCAGCUCACCGGCAGACUCGGCGGAUAGAGGACACAGCUUAUUGCCUGAUGGGAAUAUUCUCUGUGAACAUGACGAUGUUGUACGGAGAAGGCUCGAAAGCUUUCCUGCGCCUACAGAAAAGAAUCUGGAAACAAUAUGAAGACCAAUCGCUUUUUAUGUGGUUGGAUCCCGGCAUGGAUCCAGAUACACCUCACGGCCUCCUAGCAGACAGCCCUGCUGUAUUCGCAAACACUGGCCACUGUUACGCAUUCGACAACAUCGAAGGCAAGUCGCCAGUCGAAAUGACAAGCAAAGGGGUGCGUGUCUACCUCCGCGUUAUGUAUGCCGGGAAGAAUUGUUAUGAGGCAGCACUUAACUGCACACCUGCCCUGUUUUCUAGGCACAUCAGCAGGAAUAUCGCUAGUAUUUACCUCAGAAAGCUCGAUUGGGGCGUCGAGCAAUUUGUGCGGGUCCAGUGUAAUUACUUGGGCCAUUUACAUGAUGAUGAAGGCUCAUUGCAAACUGUAUUCAUCCCGCAGCAGAUUCAUGAGAGAAAUAUCGAGCACAUCCUGUAUCCGAGACAUACCGUCCACCUUCGAAAGAACUCCCAAGCCGUCAGCGGCGGCGCCUACACCCUGAUUGAUAUGGCAUACGAUGCAUUAGGGACAGCACAUGAUGAAACGUCCGCAGCGACUGUUAGCAGCGUGACGGACAUAUUUUCCAAAGCAUGGGCUCCCUCACCUUUCCCUCGACAGUUCGAGAUCUUCAGUCCACGAAAGCUGAUAGUCGCUUUGUUGUUCCGGAGGCUACUUGAUGGCGAGCAAGUCGCUAUAAUCUUGGGCACCGAUGAGCAGUCUCGGGUGGGAUUCUGUGCUUUGCCGACCAGAGUCCGUAAACUGGAAAGCAUAUCUGAUUUUGAAACUCAUUUCAAUGAUUCCAACGGGAACCUGGAGCCCACGGGCAGCGUCGUUCAACUUCAGUGGCACCGCGUUGAGGUCUUCAGCGAGACGCAGUUCUUUCAGAGCUACAGAAUAUCAAUAUUAGAUUUCAAUCUCGAGGCGAUCUGGGACAACGAAGAAGCCGGGGCAAGGACAGCAACUACUUCUAAUGGGGCUACGACAAUGUCAACAACAGAACCAGCAUUUCAAUUUCAUUCGAGUAACCUGAAAACGCUCAAGUUCUAUUCAGAUUACGUCGGCCCCGUGGCAUAUUCGCCAGACGGUAAACAAAUUGCGUGUUUAUCUUACAAUUCGAUUAAACUCUGUGACUCGGCCACUGGGAAAACGCGCCAUACAUUUAGUAGCAGUCCGGAACAGUUUUGGGCCGCAACGUUUUCGCUAAAUGGGAAAGAUAUUAUAUCUAUAUCUAAGCAUCUAGGUGUGAGAAUUCAGGUCUGGGACUUAAAUUCAAAAAAGGAGCACGGUGAUUUAGAAUACAUUACAGGUUAUUCAGAUUCGCUUUCAGCUGUAGCGUUUUCACCAGACGGAAAGCAGAUCGCGUUCUAUUCACCAGAUGAUAAACAAAUCAGGCUCUGGAACCGGGCUACAGGCGCAGAAGGCCGCAUAUUCAUAGGUCAUUCACGUGGAGUUUCAGCCACAGCAUUUUCGCCGGACGGAAAAAUAAUUGCAUCUGCAUCGUACGAUAAGACAGUCCGGCUCUGGGAUCUGGCUACAGGAGUAGCGUAUGGCACAUUUGAAGGUCAUUCAAAGGCGGUUCGGGCCAUAGCGUUUUCACCAGAUGGAAAACAAAUCGCAUCCGCAUCGAAUGAUACGACAGUCCGGCUCUGGGAUUCGGCUACAAGAACAGAAAAUGCCACAUUCAAAGGCCACUCAAAGGCGGUUCGGGCCAUAGCGUUUUCACCAGAUGGAAAACAAAUCGCAUCCGCAUCGGAUGAUAUGACAGUCCGACUCUGGGAGUUAGCUACGAGAGCGGCUAGUAGUACGCUUAGAGGCCACUCAGACGCAAUCCGGGCUAUAGCAUUCUCGCCAGACGGAAAGCAGAUCGUGUCUGCGUCGGACGAUCACACAGUCCGGCUUUGGAACUCAGUCACACGAGCGGUAACCUCUACAUCAGAUAAAUAA